AAUAAUCUGGCUGCUGGAAAGGAGAGGGCGGGGUGACAGCACGGGGCGGGGCCGGUCGGCAGUACGGGCAGCUCAAUGCCGGCUGGCCGGUAUCGAGAUGACAGCAACCAAGGAAGAUGGGGACGGCAUGCCGGAUACCCUGAUCAUGGAACCUAGUCAGUGCCUGGCAGUGUCCAGCAUUCUGGGUCCUAAGCCUGGCUCCGUCAGCUCCAGGUCCUUCAGUCCGCUCAUGUCGGAGUAUUCCCGCAAGAGGACGCUCAGUGAGACAGAUGUUUCAGUCUCAGAAGGGAACGACACUGCUGAUCUGCAGAACAGAGAGGCUCACAGCCAGACCGAGAAGCGGCGGCGGGAUAAAAUGAACACGUUGAUCGAGGAAUUGUCCGCGAUGAUCCCGCAGUGUGAACCCUUACCCCGCAAGUUGGACAAGCUGACGGUCCUGCGGUUGGCUGUUCAGCAUCUGAAGUCACUGAAGGGUUCCAGCAGCUCGUUCAGCGAAGAGAGUUUCAGGCCAUCAUUCCUGAAGGAGGAUGAGCUCAGGCAGUUAAUCCUAAAGGCAGCCGACGGCUUCCUGUUUGUGGUCGGAUGCGACAGAGGAAAAAUCCUUUUUGUGUCUGAAUCGGUCUCGAAGACGCUGAAGUACAGCCAGGCUGACCUGAUAGGACAAAGUCUGUUCGACUAUCUACAUCCCAAGGAUGUUGCCAAAGUAAAGGAACAGCUCUCCUCCUCGGACACCACCCCACGGGAAAAACUAAUCGAUGCCAAAACUGGUUUGCAAGUGCACACACACUUUCAGGCUGGCUCUUACUGUCUCCACUGGGGUUCACGACGGUCGUUCUUCUGCCGCAUGAGGACCGGCCAUGUGUCCAACAAGGAGAAGGAGGAAUUCCUUCAUAGAGCCAAGAAAAAAGAACACAGACGGUACUGUACCAUCCACUGCACGGGCUACCUGCGCAACUGCCCGUCCAGCGAGGUUGGGAUGAAAGAAGACAGCGACUCUGAAAAAGAGUCCUACAACCUCAGCUGCCUGGUGGCCAUUGGGCGCCUCCACCCAUACAUCAUGCCGCAGAGCACCGCCGAUAUUAGAGUCAAGCCUGCCGAGUUUGUCACCCGUUACACCAUGGAUGGUAAAUUUGUUUAUGUGGAUCAACGAGCCACAGCUAUUUUAGGGUACCUUCCUCAGGAGCUUUUGGGCACUUCCUGCUAUGAAUACUUCCAUCUAGAUGACCACAACCACCUAACGGAGCAACACAAAAGCGUUCUUCAGACCAAGGAGAAAAUCAUGACAAACCCGUACAAGUUCAGGGUGAAAGACGGGUCUUUCAUUGUCCUGAGGAGCCAGUGGUUCAGUUUCAUUAAUCCGUGGACCAAAGAGCUUGAAUAUAUUGUGUCGGUUAACACUGUGCUCUCAGGCCAGGGGUCAUCUCUAGAAACUGCCUCUCUCCCCGGGAGCUCUCACUCCUCAGAAGAUACUUCCAAGCGUCCUUACCUCAAUGUACCCGGGAUAUCUAGCGGGACACUGCUCGGUGCUGCAAACAUCGGAAAAGAGAUUGCAAAACAGAUAUUAGAACUGCAGAGGUUGAACUCUCCAACGUUUAAUGGGAAUAUAAGUCCUACUGACCUUUUAAAGAAAUCCCCUCUAGGCCUUGGCGCCGCAUCUGGUGAGGUUCUUAAGGACGAGCUGGUACGACUGUCGCCUUCGGAAAUUGAGAAACUAGACGCAUCUUCUCAAAACGACGUCCUGCCUUCGUUCCCCAUUCCGGAUAAUCUCCUGAGUGACGGCUCCACCCUCGACUUUGACAAUGACGAAACCACCGUGGCCGCCCUCAUGAACUUUUUCGAGGCAGACGGUGGCCUUGGCGACAACGGAGACCUGAACGACAUGCACUGGACACUUUAGCAGGACUGCACGCCGACCGCCUUUAAACGCACAACCAAAACGUACUGUAAUCCACCGGGGCUUGGACCCAGUUGUCAUUAUUUUUGUAUUUUAUAUGUUACAGAGAAAAAUAAACCCACAGAGCAUUUCUUAAAGGAUUCCUCAUACUUCAGGAA